AUGGUACAUCUUGAACAAGUAUUUAUGAAAAAUGUAAUUCUCUAUUUAGAAACAAUGAAAGAUGUAUUCAACUUCAUGUUCAUCAACAAAUCCUCUUUAACAGCUGUCCAGACGAUGUAUAUUAACACAUACAAAGCUUCUAUGACAUCUUCUAUUGAAGACAUUUUACGAUUUUUCCCCAAAUUGCAAACUCUUUAUUUCUCAUCUUUCUCAAAUAACCUGAAAAAACUUUCGAGUAAUGAUAUUCCCCUUAUAGAAGUGGGAACUAAUACAAAUCCUAAAACAUUAAUUAACACAUUAAAGACAAAAUGGUUUCCUCCAAAAGUCAGAACACUUCGAAUUCAGUCUCAGCAAAUUGAAGCUAUUGCAAAAAACAUCGAUCAAUAUGAGCAACUUCAAUUUUUAAUAAUUGAUUACAGUUCGAUAAUAAACCCUCUUACAAUGCUAAAAGUAGUGAGUUUGAAUACACUUAAGAAGGUGUAUAUAUACGGUAAUAGUGAUGCAAUUUCACAAUUUAAUGAAUUCGACUUCAAAAAGCACUAUAAGACUACUUAUGUGUUUGUCAUGGCCUUUUCGAUGUUUUUAUUCCAACAACCUAAUUUGGAAAAUUUUAAACGUUGUCCUCCAAAUGUCCAAAUCUAUGUGCAGUACAUUUCUAAAGAGACAGAAUGUUGGGACUACAUCCCACAAUUUUGUAACAAUAAUGAAAUAUUUGGUGGUCGAUAUGUUUACCCGAUCUACAUCAUUUCAGACUCAACAACAAGUUCUCAAUUAAUUGCUGACGUCAUGAACAAAACGUUGCAUGAAAUUUUAACUAUUUGUGUGCCAAAAAUUAAUAAUUUUGUUAAUUACCAACCCCAAGAAAUAAAUUGGAAAGUAAAUGAAGUACCAAAGAUAAUUGAUCUUAUCAAUUUAGAUUUAAUUAAAGAAAUUACUUUAACAAAUGCCCUGUUUGAUAGUCUUGUUUUUCCAAGAAAAAUUGAAAAGGUGGACAUACAAAAUGUAUCGGGGAAUAUCGAAAUGAAGGAAUGUAAACCAAUCAAAUUUUCAAUUGUUAAUUACACUGGAAAUCAAUUAAUUUUUAACGACGAAAGACUACAGUAUUUUGCGUGUCAAGAUUGUGCAAAUAAAGUAAGUGUGUUGCACAAUAACAAACUUUACAACAACAAAUUCUUUUUGGAUGUUCAGAAAUACACAAAUUUCAAUGUCGUGCAAAUUGAUAUGCCACAAAUUGUGGUAUUCGAGAAGAAUACCGAGGUACUUUUUGAAGCUAAAAUGGGAAGUUUGGCAUACACGCCACUGUUUUUAAGUAUUUUGAAGUUAGAGAAUGAUAUUAUACUUCCAAAUUUUAGUUACGAGAUAUUUGAUUUUAACGUUACAAUACAGACGUAG